GCAGCAUUGUGAGUAGCAAUGAAUGACAGCUGUUUUUGUAAACAAAGUAAAAACAAUAACAGCGAGGCAUUGCAAAAAUUUUGAGUUGUGUACGGUAAAUACAUAAUGUUUCAUUUUAACGGUUUCAAUAUGGAAUUCCUGGAUAAUGGGCGCAGCUUCCAGGAGACAUACAAGUGCUUCCCUGUAGCCAUGUUACCCGGCAACGAACGAGAAGAUUUAGAACGUGGUGGCAAAAUUAUUAUGCCACCAUCAGCGUUAGAUGUGCUUACACGCCACAACGUUGAAUAUCCAAUGCUCUUUAAGCUGACGAAUCGAGCGCAAAAACGCACAACACAUGCAGGUGUACUCGAAUUCGUUGCCGAGGAAGGUAAAUGCUAUUUACCUUUGUGGAUGAUGCAAAAUCUUUUGCUUACGGAAGGCUGUCCGGUUCGCAUUGAAAGUGUCAGCUUGCCAGUGGCAACCUUUUCAAAAUUUCAACCACAAAGCACUGAUUUCUUAGAUAUCACUAAUCCCAAAGCUGUUUUGGAAAAUGCUCUUCGUAAUUUUGCUUGUCUUACCACCGGUGAUGUAAUUGCUAUCAAAUAUAAUAAGAAGGUUUAUGAAUUAUGUGUGCUAGAAACGCGUCCUGGUAAUGCUGUCAGCAUUAUUGAAUGUGAUAUGAAUGUGGAAUUCGAAGCUGCUAUAGGGUAUGAAGCGAAUAAACCUAAAGCUGAAGAGCCACCUGUAGAGGAACCCCAAGAUCAUGUUAUGGAAGAGGUAGUUGAAACAUUUAAAGGCUCUGGUGUACGUCUGGAUGGCAAGAAAAAGAAAGAUAAUCAGCUAGACACACCUGUUAUUAAGAGGGUACUCGCUCGUGGUGUACCCGAUUACGAUUACAAGUUUGGAUACUUAAAGUUUGACCGUUCUAUCAAGCCAAUCAACGAACGUAUUCCUAAAAAGGACGGUGAAGACGGUGAGCCAGAGACUUUCCAUGGUCAAGGCUUUUCAAUGAAGACACGUAAAUUGUAAAAUUAUAUUAAAAUAUUUAUACUAACAUAAGUAGUUUAACAAGCUUUUCAAAAAAGAAUGCAAAAUAAAUUUGUUCAUUAAACUUUAAUAACCACA